AAAAUAAUAGUUAAAGGAAUCUCCUAUUAGAAGUCACUUUUAUAAACUUUAUGCACGUUAGCUGUAUUAUUAUUGAUUACAAUCACAAGGCAAUAGAAAUAAUUACAAGAACGAGUUAGAGAGAAUAUAUUGCUUUAUAGAACCUAUCGAUAAAUUAAUAUCGUUAAAGAAGUUGUUGCUUAGAGAAGUUAUAAAUUUAUCUCUUGGACUUGCUCAAGACGUUAAGUCAUCGUUUUAUAAAAGGAUUUUCUUGUGCAUAUAUUAUUGUGUAAAUAAGUUAAGGAACCAAUCAAACAAGACAAGAGAGAUGAAUAUUUUACCGAAACUGUUAAUUAUCAUUAACCUGUUGCACUCAAUUGCCUGCAUACAUCAGAAUGUCACCUCGAAAUUAAGCACAGUGAUGAAUGUUAACAAAGUGUCUUCACCAAAUAAUCGAAUUUCAAAGUUGAGAUUAAUUUUGUUAAGUGACUUACAGCAGAAUGAAAUUCCUCAAUCAUCACAUCAUCUUGACUCAUCUUGUUGGGCUACAUCACAAGCAAUCAAAAUUACAGCAAAAAGCUGUCCUUGUAAAGAUAUCAAUUGCAAUUUGCCGAUGAAUGAAAUAAAGAGGAGAGCAAUUAGCGCAACGUGCAUGCAAUUCUGCUGUGGUGGAGGAUCUCGCUAUAGAAAAAAUACAAUACGAUCGAUUAGCGAUGCUCAAAUUCAGCAAAUACAAGAGAUUGGAAGACGAAGAAGACUCUCAUUUGAGGCCAAUUGUGAACGUGGAAAUCGAUCUGAUUCAUUUGUAUUUGCACGAGUUUUUGAUAAAAUGGAACAUAAGACGAUUUGUGCUGGCGUGCUUGUACAUCAUAAAUUCCUAAUCACCACAGCGAUGUGUGUCAUGAAAAAAAAUCCACAUGAUUUAGUCAUUAAAUUUGGAAGCUAUAAGGAGAAUAAUGUCGAACAGAUUAUAUUACAUCAGAAUUUUUACAAAUCCAUUGACACUCUCCAACAUAACAUCGCAUUAUUAAUGUUGGAAAAGGAAUUGCCUGCUGUUAUUGAUUUACCAUGCAUAGCACAGACGAAUAUAGCAAAAAAUUUGUGUCAUGUAUUCUCAUGGAGCAGUUCAAAGUUUUUUGAGAAUGCCAUGAAGCUUGAUAAUGUUGAGGUGCUAAGCAAAGGAGAAUGUUAUACAUCGCAUUUAAUACUUGGCAAGAAGCAUGAAAAAUAUGUUAAUAAAGGAAAGAAUAAUAUCUGUGUUGGAAAUGAAAAUCAUCAUGAGCUGAAUAUACACUUGAGUGGAUCAGUUUUGACGUGCCACAGUUCCGAUCCGAAGAGAUCUCAAAUUCUGAAAGGAAUCUUAACAUGGGCAACAACCAUGAAUUUUUAUCCACAUUUAUUCACUGACGUAACUCAAUUUAUUGAAUGGAUCGAAAGUACGGUAAAUGAAAAGUUAUUUAAAAGUGCUUUAAAUUAAUCAUCAUGACGUGACCCUUAAUUUAUUGCUGCUCAAACUCAAUUAAGAGAU